AGGAUGUCCUUGGGAGUGACAAACUCCAAGGACAAGGAGCAGCAACGUACCCCCUGCCCCCUCUGCUGCCCCCCCCCCCGAGCUGAUGUUCAGGGGUCCAAAGAGGAGCUUCUCAGAGGUUCCAAAGGCUCUUUGGGUGCAUGUAGGGGGUCAGCCUGGAGGGUCUCAGCGGUGUCCCCACACCUGGGGACCCAGGCGGCACCAGCAGAGCUGGGAGAGUGGUGGUCCCAGCCCCCGCAACGCUGUUGACGCCCAUCACUGCCACCUUCACGGGGGCAUCCCGUGGUGACAGAUCCCAUGGAUCCCAUGCUGACACCCCCCCCCCAGCCCCUCUGCUGACCCCAAAGGGACAGGGCAGGGCUGGGGCACCGUGAGGACGCCUUGGAGCAGCCCCACGUCCCCUCGUCCCUCCCCAAUCCCAUGGACGAGCUGCUGCCUGGGGAGGUGUCAUGGCGGCCCCCUGUGCCCCGGUAGGUGUCAUGGCGGGCGCAGGAACCGGAAGAGCCCGCGUCACGUGAUGCCCCUUCUUCCGGGUACGGGCGGUGGGAGCGCCCGGUAGUGGCGGGGAGGGCACUGGGAGAACUGGGCGGGAACUGGGAGGGAACUGGGGGCACAAGGAGCCCGGGGGGUGCCCAGGAAGGGGCACUAGGGACCCACAGGGGGUACAGGAAUAACUGGGGGGGGCUGUUCCCACAGGAUGCUGUCGCGGGGCCGGCGGCUCCUGCGCUCCUGGAAAUCCCUGUUCACGGGGAGGCUCCUGCUCCUCACCAACACCCUGAGCUGCGGGGGCCUCCUGGCAGCUGGAGAUUCCCUGCAGCAGGAAUGGCACCGCCGGAGGCACCCGGAGAGCCAACACCAGCUGGGCCGAACUGGUCGGAUGUUUGCCGUUGGCUGCAGCAUGGGCCCCUUGAUGCACUACUGGUACCUCUGGCUGGACUCGGCGUUCCCGGCCCGGGGCGUGCGGAGCCUCCGGACGGUCCUGAAGAAAGUCCUCAUCGACCAGCUCGUGGCAUCGCCCGGCCUGGGCGCCUGGUACUUCCUGGGUACGUGUGGCACUGCGGGCUGGGAGUGGGAUUCGUGGAAUCAUGGAAUAUCCUGAGCU